AUGGGGCGCGUCGGAAUGGACAUUUCCGUCCGGAACCCUUAUCCUGUGCCGGACGUCUCCCAGGAAGGAACCUGGAUACCACGCGGGCCUGUGUUGGGAGAUAAAGUCUCGCCGUCGGACAGAGACUGGCACGCCAAAUUGAGCGCCCACGAGCGUCUCUUCGCUCAUCACACCCUGAACAGCGUCCGAAGGGACUACCGACUCGUCAGACCAAAGGUGCCGGGCGACGCCCUCGAUUUCGCGCUGGAUGCCGUCUACAUACACAGCCGGGACACCCUGGUGCCGAAGAUGUACGUGCCUAUGCAGCCGGAAACGCUCGGCAAGAAAACUUGGCGUGUUCUGCGGAACAAGAUCAAGAUCUCGCCGGAACCGCCUGAACCGGACAGGCCGGCGCACGUGAGCGGCUAUCAGGACGAGGACCUUAAAUCGCCGGUGCGGGGAGCUUUUCCGGCGGAUAAAACGAGGUGUUACAGCGGGCCAGCCUUGCCGCGGAGAAUUCAUCCGUGCAGCGUGAAAUUAAAUAUCGAGGGUCCUCAUAUGGACCAAUCGAAUCCCGGAUACAGUCGCAAAAUCGACGGAACUUUUUACAGUAUUUAA